GGCCGGGGCGGGCGCUGCCGGGCCCCGCUCUCCGCGCCAUGGCCCCGCCGCCCGCCGCGCUGCUCCUGCCGGCCCUGGCCGCGCUCCUGGCCGUGCCUGCCGCCGCCCGCGCCGCGCCGCGAUCCAUCGCCGUGGUGGGCGCCGGGCUGGGGGGCUCGGCCGCCGCUUACUUCCUGCAGCAGCACUUCGGGCCGCAGGUGCAGCUGGACGUGUACGAGGCGGCCGGCGUGGGCGGGCGGCUGGCCACCGUCACCGUCAACAAGCAGCAGUAUGAGAGCCGGGGAGCCUCCAUCCACGCCCUUAGUCUCCACAUGCAGGACUUCGUCAAGAUCCUGGGCCUCAAGCACCGGCGCGAGGUGGCCGGGAAGAGUGCCAUAUUCAGCGGGGAGCACUUCGUCCUGGAGGAGACCGACUGGUACCUGCUCAACCUCUUCCGGCUCUGGUGGCACUAUGGCAUCAGUUUCCUGCGCCUGCAGAUGUGGGUGGAGGAGGUGAUGGAGAAGUUCAUGAGGAUCUACAAGUACCAGGCUCAUGGCUACGCCUUCUCCAGCCUGGAGGAGCUGCUGCGCUCGCUGGGGGGUGAUGCCUUCGUCAACAUGACACAGCGCUCGGUGGCCGAGUCCUUGCUGGAGGUGGGCGUCACACAGCGCUUCGUGGACGACGUCAUCGCGGCCGUCCUGCGCUCCAGCUACGGACAGUCCGUGCUGGUGCCUGCCUUCGCAGGAGCCAUGUCACUGGCAGGAGCCCAGGGCAGCACCUGGGCGGUGGAAGGAGGGAAUAAGCUGGUGUGUUCGGGUCUGCUGAAACUGACCAAAGCCAACGUCAUCCCGGCCAGGGUGACGGGCAUCUCCCUGCACAGCUCGGAGGGCAGAGCCCUGUACCAGGUACACUACGAGAGCAGCGAAGGCCAGGGCUCAGCUUUCUACGACAUGGUGGUUGUGACGACGCCCCUGCAUCCCAGCAGGAGCAACUUUACCUUUGAGAACUUUGAGCCGCCCAUCGCUGACUUCCCCGGAGCCUUCCAGCCCUCCGUCACCUCUGUGGUGCACGGCUACCUCAACUCCUCCUACUUCGGCUUCCCUGACCCCAAGCUCUUCCCUUUCACCAGCAUCCUCACCACCGACACCCCCGACCUCUUCUUCAACGCCAUGGACAACAUCUGUCCCGUCAACAUCUCGGCAGCUUUCCGGCGCAAGCAGCCCCAGGAGGCUGCGGUGUGGCGCGUCCUCUCCCAAGAACCACUGGACAAGCACCAGCUGAAGACCCUCUUCAGGUCCUACUACUCGGUGCAGGUGACAGAGUGGCAGACGUAUCCCCGCUACGACGCCGCCAAGUCCCUCCCGCCCAUCGUGCUCCAUGAAAACCUCUUCUACCUCAGCGGCGCGGAGUGGGUGGCCAGCUCCAUGGAGAUGAUAGCAGUGGCGGCCAAAAACGUGGCCCUGCUGGCUUAUAACCGCUGGCAUCAGGACCUGGAGAAAAUCGACCAGAAGGACUUGAUGCACAAGGUGAAGACGGAGCUGUGAUGCCCGGAGGGCGGUGGGCCGGGAGCUUUGGUGCGGGGUAGCCUGGGGAGUAUUUAUUGCCUUGGGGAGACCGGGGCUUUGGGGCUGGGGGACAAGGGACAGGCUGUGUCCCAGAUGACUGGAACGUGCGUCACCUUCAGGAAUACAGUUCCUGCCUAGUG